GAGGAGAGUGCUUGGGAGAAAGGAUGAUGCUGGGAGAGGGAGGGGAUGCCGAGGGAGGAGAAUACCCGUGGGGGGAUGCCCGAGAAGGGGGUGCGAGGGGGCGUGUGGGUGGAAGGGGCCGAGCUUCCCUCAAAACACUGGGCUAUGUGCGAGGAUAAAGUGCAUCAGUGCGGGGACAGCCAGCCUAGGGGGCACUUCCGAGCAGGCGGAGAGAAGCGAGAAACAAAGAGAAGGGAGGACAUGAGCGAAGGCGAAGGGAGGGAGCAGGGGAUCAGCUGAGUUCAAUCCCGCCAGGAAGGCUCUUCCCCUCCGGCACAUCCCUGAGAGGCGCAGGGACAGGUUCUCCCCCCUCCUCUCCCCCUUUGGUCAAGAAGACAAAGAAUCGAGUGGCCCCAUGGGGAAAGGGGGUGAGCAAGGGGGGGACUCGGGGGAGCCGGCGGCGCAGAUCCGCUUCUACACCUGGGAGGAGAUCCAGAAGCACAACCUGAGGACGGACAAGUGGCUGGUGAUAGACCGAAAGGUUUAUAAUAUCACCAAAUGGGCAAAAAGGCACCCGGGGGGCCAGCGAGUCAUCAGCCACUGCGCCGGCGAAGAUGCCACGGAUGCAUUCCAGGCCUUCCACAUCAAUCCCACCUUGGUGCAGAAGUUUCUCAAGCCACUGCUCAUUGGAGAACUCGCUCCAGGGGAGCCCAGCCAGGACAGAGACAAAAAUUCUCAGCUGGUGGAGGAUUUCCGGACCCUGCGGAAGACAGCGGAGGACAUGAACCUGUUCCAAGCCAGCCCCUUGUUCUUCUCCUUUUACCUGGGCCACAUCAUUGUCAUGGAAGUUUUGGCUUGGCUCAUGAUUUCCUACUUUGGGACUGGCUGGAUCACAACCCUCAUCCUUGCUUGCAUCCUUACAACUUCCCAGGCCCAGGCAGGGUGGCUGCAACAUGAUUUUGGACACCUCUCUGUGUUCAAGAAGUCUUCCUGGAACCAUGUCGUCCACAAGUUUGUCAUUGGACACCUGAAGGGUGCGUCUGCAAACUGGUGGAACCACCGCCACUUCCAGCACCACGCCAAGCCCAACAUCUUCCGUAAGGACCCAGAUGUGAACAUGCUGCACAUUUUAGUCCUGGGAGACACACAGCCCGUUGAGUAUGGCAAGAAGAAGCUGAAGUACCUGCCUUACAACCACCAGCACGAGUACUUCUUCUUCAUCUUCCCACCUCUGCUCAUCCCUGUGUAUUUCCAAAUCCAAAUCAUCUCGACCAUGAUCAAGCACAGGUUCUGGGCGGACUUGGCCUGGGCCAUCAGCUACUACCUGCGCUUCUUCAUCACCUACAUCCCGUUCUAUGGCGUCCUGGGAUCCCUGUGUCUCCUCACGUUUGUCAGGUUCCUGGAGAGUCAUUGGUUCGUGUGGGUCACCCAGAUGAAUCACAUUCCAAUGGAAAUUGAUUCUGAGAAGCACAGAGACUGGCUGAGCUCCCAGAUGGCAGCGACCUGUAACAUUGAGCAGUCCUUUUUCAACGACUGGUUCACCGGGCACCUGAACUUCCAGAUUGAGCACCACCUGUUUCCAACAAUGCCACGGCACAACUUCUGGAAAGUAAAGCCUUUGGUGAAGUCAUUAUGUGCCAAGUAUGGAGUCCACUAUGAGGAGAAGCCUCUUGGGAAAGCGUUCGUAGACAUCGUUGGGUCCCUAAAGAAAUCUGGAGAUCUCUGGCUGGAUGCUUAUCUCCAUAAGUGAUCAUGAAUCUUUCUGGGGAGGUUUCAAAAUCAGAUCCCAAGCCAAGAGCACUGUGGAAGCAAACUAAAAAAGGACCUGGGAAUCAGACUUGCUUAUUAUGGCUUCCCUUGGUUUUCCUGGGGCUUUCUAUGCAGGAGCUGUUAGCCAGUGAAUGUGGAAAGUCCUUUUUCCUUUCAGGUGGUGAAAUUAGUGGAACUUCUUUGAUACCACUGCCUUUAAUAGCACAGAUGGAUUUCUCUAUUAGCCUUCACUAUCUCAGGAUCAAUACUGCUGCUUCCCCUCAUCCUGGGAACAAACACCAAAGGCAAAGAGAUCUUCCUGUCAAAGAUUUGCCUGGCCACUCAAACUCGGCCUCCAGUCAGUCUGAGGAAGCAGCUGAGAACAAAAUUGUUGUGAAAACUUAAUAGAAGCAUAUUGCAAUUUUCUUGAAGUCCAUUUUGUGCCCAUUCAUGGCUCAUCCUGUGGUGCGUUGAGCACCUUGCAGCAGCUUUUCCAACCCACAGCUCCCUACGAUGAUUUGAUGGGUUCUGAGUUGACACCAGCAGUGGAUUUUAGGUCAAAACUGUCUUGAGGUCAGCCCAGAGGCUUUAACAGAGCUGGUUCUGCCAGAUGAACCCAUUGAAAGCUGUCCCAUCAGGUGAAGGGGCAGACAAAGAGAGCUCACAGGUUGUCCAGGGUCAGGACAUAAAGUGAUGGCCAGAUUAUCCUCACCUGUCCCCUAAAACCAACACUGGACCUUGCCAGAGUCCAAAGGAAUUGCUCCAUAGGCAAACUCAUCCUACCCAAAAGCAGGUGGCACAGAACUCAAAGCAGAAAAUGACCUAAUUUUUAGGGCUUUCAUUUCAUCCCAGAACAAACAGGUUCCCCUAAUGCAAACACAGGUGUCUCUUAUACAAAAAUUAACUGUUACAAAUCAAUAGUUUCACCCAUGAACAAUAUUGCUUUUUUAAAAAAAUCCUGUUUUACUUACUCUGCAGGGGCCCAGUUCUAGAGGUUUCAGGAAACUUCUUCACAACAUAAUUUGUGUGGGGCAUCAGCACAGGGAGAAACAGCUUCAUGGUGUUCAGAUGUACAGUUUUUAUCCCCUCCAAACUGGCCUUGAAAACUUCCAGGGAUGGGGCAGCCACAUUUGUGAGCUAUGGGUUUUUUAAAUUGUUUAAAAAAAAUAAAAACAAAAAACCUAAAAACAACAGCAAGCUCAGCCUCUGAAAAACCCUCAAUUUUUUUCCAAUGUUUGUGCUGGGUUAUAUCAUGGUAUCAUAUAUAUUUUAUUGAAAAACUAGCCUAAAUUCCUGAAAUAUCGCAUAGAAACUUGUCCAUACUGAGUCCUCCCUACACCAUCCCUCUGUCCUGGAAUUUCUACAGAACAAGACAUUGUUGGAGCUGCUGUAAGGUGAAUAUUCCAAUCACAUUUCCAGCCACACACUUAUCUAUUUGGAAACCACAAUGUAAAGAAUAUGAAGGGAAUAAUCCUGAAUUCCAGAAUGAGCCAGGAGGUGAAUCAUUUCCCCACAGAAGAACAUAAAAUAUAAAAAGUAAAAAUUAUAUCAAUAAAUAAUAAUAUAAAAUAAAGGUGUUAUCUACUCCCCACAGAGGCUGGAGGGUACAAAUGUACAUUUCACUGUGGUGAAUGAUGAUGCGUUCUAAAAUACCCUGUGUCAGAGCUUUUCCACCUUCUGCUAACCUCUGAGGUUUGAAGGUCAAGCCCAGGCUGCUCAGGUCAAGGGAGGCUCAGCAGAAAUUCGAGGGAGGAGUGGGAAAAGGCCAAGAAGAAGGAUCCUCACCUGGAAGCACCACCUUCGCCUGCAGCAUGCUCCUGAGCACAGUUAGGUAACUCCCCAGCUUCUUGGCCAGGUGCUGGCUGUGGGGAUGACAAUGAGAGGAUUAAUCACACUAAUUCCCUGUGAUUGCACCCAUCCUCCUCAGAAUGGGUGUGGCUGGUUCACUUGCCUGAUUAAUUUAAUUGGCCUCAAUUAGCCUGGCCUUCAUUAAGCAGCAGUUGGUUUUUCUAUAAAAUAAAGGAGUCAUAUUGCACUUUCUCUGUGUGCUUUGUUCCCUUAUUGCUUACAAUAUGAUGCCUAAUAAAGGCUGGAAGUUUGAGUUCUGAAUUGAAGAUGCUGCUGGUUUCUCAAAUGGGGCCAGUUCCUGGUCCAGCAUCUCCAGGUAAAUCACUCAGAGCUGAAAUUAUCACUCUUUGCAAGUCCACAAACCUUUAGGCCAUGCUAACAACCCCAAAUGGAGCAAAGCAGCGCAGCCUGUGCUUCACCAUCAGCCUGGGGUGGGUGGAAGUGUGAUCAGAAAUCAAAAUGUCGCUGCCAGCUCCAACUCCAUGCCUUGCUCAUUCUUGUCUCCCCAUCAUGCUGAAGUUCACCGAGUCUAAAACUGAACACCUGAUUUGGUGAAAGUAUGUGAGUGAACUGGAAUCCAACAGCACUAGAGGGCAAGGAAUGGUGAAGCCACAAUGUUCCAGCAGCAUUCCAGCACCAUGACUCCUCCACAUCCCUGCAGAAAAUCAACAACUCCACACUAACAGGAUGUCUGGGCUUGAAUGGUGCAGCAGGAGCUUCUGGGCAAGUCAGGAGCUGGAGAUCAUCUUUAGAGAUCCCUUCAAGCCCAAACCAUUCCCUGGGAACAUUUCUGUCUGAAUGAAAUAAAAUAUUAAAAGCAAAA